AUGCCUGCUGCCGUGAGCAAUGGUAAUCAAGGGACGGAACAGAGUUCUGCUCCCAAAAAGCUGGUUCUCUGCUUCGAUGGAACAGGAAACACCUUCACUGGCUCCAACUCCGACACCAAUGUGGUGAAAAUACUGAGCAAGUUAGACCGCAAUGAUCCGAACCAGUUUCACUACUACCAAACUGGUAUCGGCACAUAUGACAUUAACGAUGAGUCUGUCAACAAAAGCUGGUUUGGCGAGAUGCGAAGCUCCAUCUCCCAAACCAUUGAUCAGGGGAUUGGCACGACAUUCGACGCUCAUGUUCUUGCCGGCUAUCGUUUCCUCAUGCGUUACUAUGAUUCUGGUGACAAGAUCUACAUGUUUGGGUUCAGUCGCGGCGCCUUCACAGCCAAGUUUUUGGCGCGCAUGAUUCAUACCGUGGGUCUUCUCUGCAAAGGCAACGAAGAGAUGGUUCCUUUCGCCUACCGUCUCUAUCAGCGCUACUUGGCAGGUGAGGUCGAAGACUUCAUUGUUGCUCACCCCAAGAAGUCCAAGAAAGAUAAGAGCGGAAAAGCAAACGGUGCAUCCAAUGGCAACGUCCCAGCCCCAGGCAUGGAAGACGACGAGCACCCUCUCCAUGACGACCAUACAGAGGGCGAAGACCCGGCAGCCCACGGUCACAAAUACGAAGUGGCUCGGGAUGAGAUUGCGGCGUUUAGUGACACAUUCUGCCGCAAGGAGAGGACGAUGCACUGUGGACAGAUGGAAGAGUCCAACAUCAAGGUAUUUUUUCUCGGCAUCUGGGACUGCGUCAACUCCGUCGCGGUUUUGGAGCGAACCACCCCAGUCCCGGUCCCUGUCGUAGGUACGGCACAUCAUGUCCGGCAUGCCGUUGCCGUCGACGAGCGCCGCGUCAAGUUCAAGGCGGCACUCCUCGCCCAAGACAUGCGCGACACUGACCACACGCACGAGGACAUCAAGGAGGUCUGGUUUCCCGGCUGCCACGGAGACGUCGGCGGUGGUUGGCCUGCUUCCGACGAUAACCCCCUUGACACCAGGAGCGAGAACAUGACCUUCUGGGAGCGCGUCAAGAACUUCUGGGUGAGCCGGAAGACCAAGGGGGCGAGCAAAGCGUUGGGACACGACCGUUUGCAGAUGAGUGACAUCCCGCUGGCCUGGAUGAUUCGUGAAGUCGAGCUUGUCGGCGAGCAAGAGCCAUCAGCGGCUCUGAAAUGGCGCGAAAGCCUGCAUGUGUUCAAGGACCGCUUCAAGAAGUACAAGAAGCAAGCGCUCAAAGGCGUCAUCCACGAUUCUCUUGCGUUUGGCUGCGGCACCGCUUUCUUCAGGGUACUGCUAUGGAAGUUCAUGGAAUGGCUUCCUUUCAUCACCCGCUGGGAGCUCGAGGAUAGUGGGUGGCAGAAUACGCCGUCCUUCACGAGUCCCUGCUCUGGCGCUUGA